CGUCUGUCUACAACAACCAAAUAGAAAUGGCAACAAAGAGACCAGCAUCCAAGGGUCUGUCUGUCUUGUUCGAUCUAUCCUGCCUCUGCUCUUCCCUCGGAGCUCCAAUCUUCCCUGCGUGAACUUUCAAUCAGCGACAGCCAGCACUCCUCCAUCAAGGAUAUCUCCCGCCCAACAUCGGUGAAGAAACCAAUGGCGCCCAAAAAGGCCCCCGUUGCGGACUCCUGGGAGGACGAGGCCGAGUCCGACAACGACGACGACAAGGGCGGCGCUACCUCCAGCUCCAAUUUAGAUGAUGAUACGCCGUCGCCGGCCAUCAGUGCCUGUGCAGAAGGUCCUUUGGAUCCUCCACCCACGCCGAUUUCACCGCAGACCUCGCAGCCGUGGGUGUCGUCGGCUGGUGGUGCUGGGUAUGGGAAUCCGGGUCCCGCGGAUCGUAGAUCCCCCAACCCUGCUGCUGCUCGCAGGCCGGAGAAGCAGACUGCCGUUGCUGGGAGGAUGAUUGCCGGUGCUCUGGGCAUUAGGGCUCCCAAGAGGACGGAAGAACAGCGAGCCUACGAUCGGGCAACGAAAGAGCAGGAAAUAAAGCGACGGAAUCGGGAGCGGGAGGAGGCGGCAAAGGCGAAAGAGGAUGAGGAGCGAGCUAAAGCCGCCGUUUGGGAUAUGUAA